AUGGCCACUACCUCCUCCUCGAGCGGCCCUGGCGGGAGCGCGCCAACGCCGUCGCAGGCGGGCGGCGUCGACGGCCGGGAGGCGUUCCAGCAGGCGCUCGGCGAGCGAGAGCGCUCGAAGCCGCAGAACGAGCUGAUUCUCCAGACGGUCCGUGAGCUCAGCGCGGCGCUGGUGUACCCCGAGCCGUCCAACGUGGAGACGAACCGCAAGCUGUGGGACGAGUACGCCAAGGCGUGGGACACCUCCGAGGAGUGGGUGCGCAGGAUGGCCGCGGACGUGGGUGGCCGCGAGCUGGGCUGCGUGGGCGACGAGUGGUCGGACGAGGCGUCGCUGACGGAGGCGCUGGAUGACUUCCUGUUCCCGCACCUGGCGGCGCUGGAGCGCGGCGGCGAGGGCUGCGGCGCACAGGUCUGCGAGAUCGGCAGCGGCGGGGGCCGCGUGGCCGCGAGGGUGGCCGGCCGGGUCGGCAGCCUCACCUGCUUCGACGUCAGCAUGGAGAUGUUGCGCAGGGCCAAGGAGGCCCUGGUGGACCGCCAGGGGCUCUCCAAUGUGAAAUUUGUGCACCUGACGGGCGCCGGCCCGCCCGACAUCCCGGCCAGGUUCAAUACCUCCUUCGACGUGGUCUACUCUUUUGAUGUCUUCGUGCAUCUCGACCUUCACACCAUCUGGCAGUAUUUUUGCGCCAUCCACAGGAUGCUGCAGCCUGGCGGGCUGGCCUUCGUCUCGACCGCCAACAUUAUUGCCCCACUGGGCUGGGAGCGCUUCCAGCGGCAACGCAAGUACUCCGUGGGUGGUUUUUAUUUCCUGUCGCCAGACAUCGCGAGGCAGCUGGCCUGCAAGGCGGGCUUCGAGGUGGUCCAGGAGUCUUCCAGCCAGGGCGACACCACAAACGUUUACUACCUGCGGGACUACCUCUGCGUCAUGCGCAAAUGUCAUGGGGAUGCUCGGGGCCCGGUGGUCGCCUGA